CCGUGGACGCACCCCCCGGCUGACAGACGCCGCAUAGCGUGUUUGGCUCACAGUUGCGCAGGCCCACAACCCGGCACACACCCAACUCGAGCAUGUCCGCGCAGUCCGGCGAGGAGCUCGGCGAGGAGGCCAAGUGGUUCGGCGACGACUACGGCCGGGUUUUCGUCGGCAACGCGGAGGCGGAGGCGGCGACGCGCCGAGACGAACUGCGCGACCAAGUGAAGCCGAGUGGCGCUCAGGCCGCCGACGAUCUGGAGCCACAAUUUCAUCCGUACCAGGACGACGGGAAAAGGCACGCAGUUGCUAUGGAAACUGCAUCUACAGGUGACCCAAUGUCAGACCUGUUCAGGAAGCUUGCGAAUGAUGGUGACGUGUACACCUCCUUGCUGUCCAAUCAGAGCAUUUCAUCAGGUCAAGAAUCUUCCUAUCUGUCUGACAAUGUAAAGGCUUCAUCUGGGUCCCCCGGCCUGGACCACUUCUCCACUGACAUGUACACCUUCACCUCGAGCACCAAGACCAUGUCCAACGACAUGCCCAAGUCUUUGAUGGGCUCAGAAAAGACAGAAUCCUACAACUACAUGGACAUAAGGCAUGCAGAUGAUCGCCUGGACCAACAGCAGGGGGCACUGGACAGCCUGGUAGACACAGGAUUGACCGGUAGUGAGCCACUAGGUAGUUACAUUGACAAGAACCUGGGAAGAGAAGAGGAAGACGAAGAAGAUGAGAAUCUAGGUCCAGCCCUGGGCUCCCACUCCUUUCCUUACGUGGAGGAGCCGUCUGACGAGGAGCCGUCUGACUACCGCUCCUACCGGAACCUGGGAGGCACGCCGCAGUCAGCCAGCCCAGUUAAGAUCACCCUGACCGAGUCGCAGGCUCCGGCACCCAAGGCCGAGCCUCAGCAGCGCCCCGCUCCAGCCACUGGGUGUGAUCAUGAAAAUGUGCUGAGUGUGGGCCUGCAGGGGGUGCCCACUGUGACACUGUCAGAACCAGAGGAUGAGAGCCCCGCCUCAACCCCCAAUGCUUCACCUACACAAAAAGAGUUCCCCUCCCAUGAAGUCUUCAAGGCUGACACAGUGAAGUCUGCCGCCACCAAAUAUAGUCCAGGCCCAAAGGUCGGUGGCAGGGACCAAGAUGGGAGCAGUGCAGAGUCUGGAGACUCCGAGAUUGAGCUUGUGUCUGAGGAUUCUCCCAAGGGCAACAGGAACCCGUUUGCUGAACCACCGAAAAGCAAGGGCACCUUCAACCAGUCCAGCAGUCCCUUUGACAGCCCCCCGGUAGUUUCCAAGGUUGGUUCCGGCCUGGCCGGCAACCACGCCCAGCCUGCAGCCUACAGCAUUCUGCGUGAGGAGAGAGAGGCGGAGCUCGACAGUGACCUCUUCAUUGAGUCUGCAUCAGAAGAAAGUCCCAAAAGAGAGCAGGGAGUGGGGAGCCCCAAUCUCGGAGCCGGACGGCCCUCCCCCCUCGUUCCGAGUGUCCCUACUGACCGCAGUGUCCCUCAAGCUGCAUCAGUAGAGCCUUCCGUCACAGAAAAGGUCAAAGCAGAGGAAGAACGCCUGAGCAAGCCCAAGCCCCCGACAGCCACCGUGCCCCCAGAAGUGCGUCCAGAGAGGUUCAAUCUGGACGACAAGAAGGCCAAUGAAGGCAAAGCGGAUCUUGGGAAAUCAGCUCCUUCCUUCCUCCUGGAAGCUUUGAACAAACAGAAAGCGAUUGACCUGCUCUACUGGAGGAAUAUGAAGCAGUCAGGGGCCGUGUUCAGCAGCGUGCUGCUUCUCCUCUUCUCCCUGACCCAGUUCAGCGUGGUCAGUGUUGGGGCCUACUUAGCCCUGGCCGCCCUCUCUGCCACCAUCAGCUUCCGUAUCUACAAAUCUGUGCUCCAGGCUGUGCAGAAAACGGAUGAGGGCCAUCCUUUUAAAGGCUACCUGGAGAUGGAAAUCUCCCUAACCCAGGACCAAAUUAGCAAAUAUGCUGACAAAAUCCUGCUCUACACCAACACCUGCAUGAGGGAGCUUCGCAGGCUUUUCCUUGUCCAAGAUCUGAUUGACUCUUUCAAGUUUGCUGUGCUGAUGUGGCUUCUAACCUAUGUGGGCGCUCUCUUCAACGGCCUGACACUGGUCAUCCUAGCUGUGGUCUCUAUGUUCACCAUGCCCGUGGUCUAUGAGAAGCAUCAGGCACAGAUAGAUCAAUAUGUGGGACUAAUACGGACCCAUGUCAACUCAGUGGUGGGAAAGAUCCAAGCAAAGAUCCCCGGGGCCAAGAGGAAGGAGGAGUAGAUCCGCAAGUCUCAUGAAGGAGGUUCACUCAUGCUUGAAGAGUGCAGUCACCGUCAGAGGGACGUCACGCUUUGUCAUCUUGGUAUUCUCUAAAAGCAUCCAAUAGAGAAGCCUUCACCCUGUCUAGAGCAGUGUAAACACUAAUAAAACACACAACCACGUUCAUAACGCCUCUAGGUAGACAAGUUCACAACUCAAACUAAAGAGACAAGACUUUUUUGUGUUCAUUAUUCUAAAAAGCAUGAAGUCGAGCCUUGGGUAAAUAGUUGCUAUAUUUUGUGCUGUUUUGAAAACCACGCUACAUUUGAGCUUUUGCAGUGCUUACCACAAACUCUAUGGUGUGGCCCAAAAAAAAAACAAAAAAAAACAGCUAAGUGGCCACAGUCUUGCUCUGCUGCCAAUGUCCGCUGCUUCAUGUUCAAGUAAGCAGAUGGGGCCUCUCGCAGUGUGUGUCUGUCCGUGUAGAUGUGUAAAACACACUACAUGCACACGCACACACAAAGUCCCCUCCAAAAGUAUUGGUACGGCAAGGUAUAUUCUUUUUUUUGUUUAAUGAAGACAUUUCUGUGUUCAGAUCAAAAGAUUAAUAUGAGACAAUAGUUCAGAACACCAGCUUUCAUUUCAUGCUAUUUACAUCUCAAUAUGUUGAGUAACUGAGGACGGAGCACAUUGUGUUUGACUGACUUCACCAGAUUUUAGCAUCCCUCAUUUAAAAUGCUUUUACAGGCAUUUAUUGCAGCCUCUUACUGUUCUUGUUUGUUUCUCGGGGUUUCUCCUUUCAGUUUCCUCGUCGGGGGGUAAAAUGUAUGCUCUAUUGGGUGAAGGUCCGGUGAAUGACUUGGUCAGUAUAAGACCUUCCACUUUUCCCCCUGAUGAAGACCUGGGUCAUUGUCUUGUUACGUGAAUAAGUUUCUCCCAAUUAGUAAUAAUUAUGUGUUGUCUGUUCCAUACUGAUGACGUUUUUGUUUUUAAGGUUAUUAGCCAUCAAAAUGUCUUUUGCAGAUGUGAUCAUUGACCAAAUUGAUCGCAUCGGUGAAUAACGACAUUAUAGCCGAUUAGCAUAAAAUGUAAAAUAUUGGCCGAUACUGAUGAGGCUGAUGAGAUCAGGGUUAAGUCUAGUAAAUACCAUGAAACAAGAGCUGGAAUUCUAAACUUUUGUCUCACAUUCAUCUUUUGAUCUGAAAUCCAAAUGUCUUCAGCAUCCAAAAAACAAAGGAAUUGACCUUGCCGUUCCAAAACCUUUGGAGGAGACUGUAUGGAAGUUUUUCCUUUUGGUGUUUCCAAGCACAAACUAAUUUUAAAAUAUGCGUCUUAGAUGUGGUAUUUGUAGGUUUUUGCUUUUGUAUACCAAUAAGGAACAACACACACCUUAAUGUUGUGGGUACUGUUGUACAACUACUAUGAAGACAAGGCGUAUCUGGUGAUAACAAGCUUGUUUGAAUAACUGUCCAACUUUGUACUAUGUUCUACUAUACUGUGUAGUUCCCUAGACCCUGGACUCUUAACUAUUUGCACUUACACUAUGUAUUUAAAUACAAGAACAUGACAAAAUAAAUGUACCUUGAUGGAAAACA